AAGUUGAAUAAGAAAUUCCACACUACUAGCAGUAGUACUUUCUAUUUUGUCAAAAUAAAAAAAUUCCACACUAUUUUAUUUAUUUAUUUAUUAGAAUAAGAAAAAAUGUUGAAUAAAUGCAAGUAGCAAGAAGUUAUAAUCAUAAUUCAUAAUCUAAUUUAGAUUCAGUCAGCUUUGCCAGGUUACUAUUUCUGUUCCAACCAACUAUUCUCAUUUUUUCUUAUUCUCUCUCUCUCUCUCUCUCUCUCUCUCUCUCAAUUUCAGAGGGAAGAAGAGAGAUAACAAAAACAGAGGAAAAAAUGGAAGGUUCAGCAGUGUGGCAAGGUGCGGUUCUGGGUGGAAUACUCUUGUGGCUUUUUUCUUCUUCAUAUCUCAAUUUAACUCUAAAGCUUAGAUCUUUUCUUCAACCUUUCGUCAUUCACUAUGUUCAAACUGGAACCCCAAUUCUCCUUAAGAUCCAGAGUUACAGGGUUGGAUUUCUUGAUGCUCUUUUUUCUGUGUUGUCUUGUGUUGUUUCUGUGCCAUUUUACACUGCUUUUCUCCCUUUGUUAUUCUGGAGUGGUCAUGGUCAAUUGGCUAGGCAGAUGACGUUGUUGAUGGCGUUUUGUGAUUAUAUAGGGAAUUGUAUAAAGGAUGUGGUUUCAGCACCAAGACCUGCUUCUCCACCUGUGAGGAGAGUAACUGCUACAAAAGAUGAAGAAGAGAAUGCUUUAGAAUAUGGACUUCCUUCUUCUCACACACUUAAUACAGUUUGCUUAUCAGGCUACCUUUUGCACUAUGUCCUGACUCAUACUCAAAUUCAAGGUGCCUAUAUUAAUUAUUUUGGAGUUUCGCUUGCUUGCUUGUUCGUGGCCCUCGUUGGUUUGGGAAGAAUUUAUCUUGGCAUGCACAGUUUGAUUGAUGUUGUUGCUGGCCUUUUUAUUGGACUCGGAAUCCUUGGUCUUUGGCUUACAGUAUAUGAAUGCAUUGACAAUUUUGUGGUCUCAGGACAAAACGUUACAACUUUUUGGGCUGCUUUGAGCUUCCUCCUGCUUUUUGCUUAUCCAACUCCUGAACUACCAACUCCAAGUUUUGAGUUUCAUACUGCUUUCGAUGGUGUUGCAUUGGGAAUUGUGUCUGGGGUACAGCAAACAUACCACCAAUUUCACCAUGACAAUGUUCCUCGUUUGUUCUCUUCAGAAAUGACAAUACCAGUAUUCAUGGGAAGAAUGCUCGUGGGAAUACCUACUAUUCUAAUUGUGAAAUUCUGCAGUAAGACUCUUGCAAAAUGGACUAUUCCUGUGGUUGCAAACACAUUAGGCAUCCCAAUAAAAUCAACCACCUAUAUCCCCACAUUGAAUGGUGCUAAGACGGGAGAAAAGUCAAAGGCUUUCGAUGUUGAUACCGGAAUUAGGUUUCUACAAUACGCAGGUCUAGCGUGGUCUGUGGUCGACCUAGUGCCAUCUAUUUUUUCAUACGUGAGCCUGUGACGUUCAGAUUUAUUGAUAUUUUAUUAAAUUUUUGUACAGCAGGGUAUAUGUAAUGUAUCAUAUAUGAACAAUAGAUCAUUUCCACCUAGUGAAAUUUCAUCAUGGUGAGAAUUCAGUCCAAUGUUUAUAUUGCUUUUC